UAUUUGUUUUGUUGCUUUUAGCAAGUAAAGGAUUUAAAAACGAAAUGGGUGAAGAAACUAUUAACUCCACACAAAACAAAACCAGAACGAAAACCACGCGACCCAAGGCAGUGUACCUGUGGACAGUGAGCGAUGUGCUCAAGUGGUAUCGCCGCCACUGCGGUGAAUACACCCAGUAUGAACAGCUCUUCGCCCAGCACGAUAUAACCGGAAGGGCUCUACUACGGAUCACAGACUCCUCACUGCAAAGAAUGGGCGUGACGGACAACCGGGAUCGGGAAGCCAUUUGGAGGGAGAUCGUUAAACAGCGACUGAAGACGGACAUCAUGGAAAUCCGGGAUAUGGAGAGGCUCAACAUUUACUAGGAUCACUCUUUUUUUUUUGCUGUAGUUGGCAUAGUUAAAGCUUAUUUUGUAAACUUUUUUUUAAGAUUCUUAGACGCCAUAUCUGGUUUUAGAUUAGACAAUCAAGUAUGAUAUUAAUCAAAUAUAGAAGAAAACAAAAUUCUUCUAUUGCCCAUGAUUGUAUAUAUAAAAAUAAACCUAGAAUGAGA